AUGGCUGACCGCACACAACCGCUCCCGUCGCACACAAAGGCCCUCACGGCCGUGAAACCGAACCUGGAAACGCGCAAGAGUCACCAGCCUGAUCUGAGUGGGCCGCGACGCGGCAACCGCGACGCGGAAGAUCAUCACGGGGAGAACAGAGGUACAGAAGAGGAUGCGAAGACGACUCGCGAGCUGCAGGAGCGCUUGCAUAGCUGUGGCGAAGCACGUGCAGGCGGCAAGCCCCUCUCUUCAUUCUCCUCUGCCGCAGCGAGCGCAGGUCCCACCUGCCUUGUCUCCUUCACGGGUUUCCGUGACGAGGAUGAGUGGCAAGAGACCGGCGAUGAGAGCAACGACGCGUAUGACAACCCCCUUGCGCACGUCGCAGGCGGUGAUGCGACACCUUGUGCGGACUCGCUCUCUCUGUGCAAGCAGCUGGUCUCCGUGCUCCCAGGGGUGCGAGUCGAAGCGAAGCUGACGAGCUCGACAAACGUCUUGGUGGCUCGGCGCGGGUUCACAAAGAAGCGGCUGCUCGCCGCUCGUCAAGGAAUACCAGUGGUGCUGCCGAAGUGGGUGGCGAUGGGAUGCCCAGCGCUGCCCACCAGCGGUGGUGCUUGUGGCGCCAGCGGGGCUGCCUCUGCCGCCCUCCAUGAUCUGUAUGCCGUGCCGUGGCUGUAUGGGUACACUUUUUCCACCACUGGGCUGACAACGUCGGAGAAGGCGGCGAUAGACAGCGUGUGCACCGCGCACGGGGCGGUGGUAGAGCCCUCUCUCACGUGCAAGUGCGACGUGCUGCUCACUAGCGCGGAGUGCGUGCAGGCACUUCAGCGGCUUCUCCGUGCCGACCGAGAAGGUGAUGCAGAACAGAGACGCUUUAGGCAGCACCUACGUCACGCAGCGCUGCAGCGCACUGACGCGGGGCUGAUGGAAAACUCAGGUGCAGAAAUGGCGCCACCUGGCCGACGUGGUGGCGCGCCCAAGGCAACGUGGCUGACCGAUAAGGUGCGCUUUGCGCUGGAGCUCGAUGUCCCGGUGGUGGACUGCGUCAAGCUGUUCACAAUGCUGCGUCUGGACCGCCUGCCGCCGCCGACGUGGACGCGCGGCAUAGCAGCGGUGAUGUACACGUCGAGCUCGAAGGCGCGCCGACCCUGCGACAGCGACGCGGAGGACGGCCAACGCCAGUACGCGGACGCGCUCGACGGCAGCGACUUCGACGCAAUUCUUGACGUCUGUCGUGUGGGCUCACCGGCUGGGGGAAGCUCUGAGUGGACGCGCAUCCUCUCCGUCUUCGCCGACCGAGGUGACGCGUCGACAACCGGCUGCGCUCUCCAGAGCGACGUAGGCGUGGCAGAUGACGGCAAGGAGGGCAGAAUGCCCCCCACCCCACUCAACAGCAUCGCCCUUCGGGGGGACUCUAAGCAGUCCUCCUCGUCCUGCACCGACUCGGCGUCGACAGUCUCCGACCCGGAUGCGUGGGAGGAGCUGCUGAGCUGCGCACUGGCGUCCUCCCUCGACGAGCAGCAGACUCGGCGCGCGGACGCGUACCCAGGUGUUAGCAGCUCGGCUGACGCCAUCAAUGCGGCUGACCAUCUCACCGGCACCACCCCCACGACAACAAAGGCUACGACUGCUAUGACUACCACAUCGCCGCCUUUACAAGCUGGCUUGGAGAGGCUGACGGUGAACACAGCCGAUGUAGAGGACCUCGCUAAUGCAGGCGCGGAGGAGCCGUCGACACAGCAGGUUGUCCUCCCGGACUACUACAGUGCAACCACCGGAUCCGGACUUCCUCCACGUUCCUCAUCCCAGGGGUGUCAUGCUGGCCAAGAGGUGCUGACGGCGACGGCGGAUGCCAGCUGGGGCAUCGCUGCCGUAGACCCGUCGCCUCGGUGGACAACGAACGCCCUUCUUCACCGUGAGCCCGCGCCACCGCGCCAGUCGAGCCGCACCGACGAGCCGGUCGCAUGUGCGCAGCGCGAUGGAGCGGACGCAGGAGUGCUUGGGCGACGCACUGCUUCGUACUGGGCCAUGCAUCGCAGCGCAGAGCGUUUUCAGCCGCAGCUGCCUGCGCGGGAUACGGCACCGCAGCACACCGCUGUGAUGCAUCCUGACGACAGAGUGGCACCGUUGUCGCAGGCAUUCGCGGACAGCGGAGAACUACUAGCCGCCACCCACGAUUUGGUGGAGUCCUGCGUGGCAGCGGAUGAACUGGGCCUGGCAUCCGCGCAGCAGCUCGAUGCGUGCGACACGAGAGUUUGCGGUGCCACCACGGCACGUCAAGCUUUGCCGCUGCUCGCCAUGCAUCCGCCGUACCUCACCAUAUGUGUGCUCGGAUGCACCGAGCUGGAGCUGCGCAAGACAGUGCGAUGGUGUGAACAGUGCCGGCUGCUGCGCUCUCCUGUGCCAACAUCCGCCACAGAUAUCGUUCUUCUUGGGAGCCGCCUACUCACCAAGAAGCGGUACACGAUGCGCCCCGCCGUCGAUUCAGGCGACGACGAGAGAGGCACGAAGGGGGGCAAGAAGCAGCGGCCGCAGCGACCCGCACGCCACCGCAGUGCCUUCUCAACUUGGAGCUUCGGCGAGAAUCGUCACUGUGGCCACCACGCUGGCCAUGGUGUCGCGGUGACCAUACGGUACUGGGAGAUGGACGCCGCGGUGGCGCAGACGCUGGCGGACGUCUGCGGUAUUCCGCGGAGCCGUAUGGCCCCGCUCCAGUGGCUCGAGGACGCGGCGUCAGCGGCGCAAAAGGCCUGCGAAACAGCGAAGCUCGCGGCGGAAUCGGAGGCGGCGCAGCGGAGUUCCGCGCAUGCGUGGACUGUUGACAGCAAAGGAUGUUACACCGACACGUGUUGCACGGCAGCCACCACACCACCAGAAACGCUCGUUGGGCUACUAGAGGAGCGGCUUGCGGUAGCGGCAGAGUCCGAGGCGAGUGCAGCACUGGCACGGCAGCCGCUCUUUCACCCGCUCCCGCCGCUCUCGCCCGAUCAACUACCGGACAUAGCAGACCUCAAGUACUACAUACGGGUGCGGCAGGCACCUGCCACCUUGUGGGCAAGCAACGCCACCCCCACAGCGGCACAGGGGCUCGACGACAUCGCAGCAGGAGCUGCAUCGGCUGGCUUGGAGUCGCGCAAGCAGGUAAAGGGCAGCGAGAUGCACUACAGUGCGCGGCCGGCUCUGGGCCACCCUGCGAAGCAGCCGGCGUCCAGCAGCGCACCUGUAGAGGAGGACGACUCGCUGACAGCGGCGACGUCUCUAUCUGUGGUUUCAGUAUCUGCACCGACAACCUCUAGUGUUCAGCAGCCUCUGCACGCGGAGAAGACUACCCUCGGCGUGGAGGAUGCGGAGCACUCCUACAAAGAAGCCUUGGAGACGGCAGGGCGUCGGUUCACUCAGCUCAUCGCGCUCCUCCGUGUCACGGGCGACGGCGACGAAGCACAAGGGAGUGCCGGCGCUGCCGAGGUCUACCGUGAAGGACGCGACAAGGUGCUCGCGGCGUGCCAUUUCUGCUGCGUCGAAGGCGAGUACGCUCGCGUAGACUGGGCUGUGGUGCGUGGCCUCAUCCGCUACGGCGGCGGCCGAGUGGAGAAGCGAGUGGCACACGACUGGCAAACACUUUGGCAGCAGCCGCAGCAGCCUUCCGUGGAAGUGGCGGCUGCAAGCGCUGGUGCGCAGCAGGAUCAGGAAGCGCACCGCCGCUUAGCGCGUGCGCUGCGCCGGGGCGUCGCGUAUGCAAAGCUGCGGCAAAAGCUGCGUCGUGUGAUGGGAGACGUGUGGACCGCACACCAGGCCAGCCGCCAGGCCCGUAGCGAAACGCCCUCUCAGUGCCACGGCGCCGUGUGCGCGAGCGCCGACGCAGAGCAGGCGAAUGCGGCGGAGGUGGCCCGCCUCACGGCAAAGCUGCAGCUGAUGUCGCAUCUAUGCCAGCAGGCGCCGGUGCUGUGUCUGCUGCCGCACAGCUUCCAGCGCGCUGCCGGAGAUGAGAGCGGCAUGGCUAGCGCUGUUGAUGCAACCGUCCGACACAAGAAGGGCUUGCCAGGCCGAGCCGCAGUAGGGCCAGCGUCACCUUACAAGCGCCUUCACGCUCUCCGCUACCUCCCUGCUGUAACGAUGGACUACGUGCUUGCAUGCAUCGCCGUCGGCUACUGCCUCAACCCGCACAGCUGCUUCCUAUUUGACAUGUCGAUCCCCAGCGCGCCGGACAUGCGUCUCUUUCACCACCAGCACGUGCAGCGAGGCGGCAGUGGCGCACCCUCGCAGAAAGCCACGGCACAGCACACGGAGACUCGGCUACGUCUCGACAUCGCGGGAAGCAUCACGCCCGAAGGCAAUGGUGACGAAGCGGGGCAACGGCCGCACGCUGGUGCUGUAGCCGCUGGCAGCGGCUGUGUUGGCCAAGCUAGGGCGCCACCGUACAGGCCGACCCUUUCAAGCUGGGUGCUGGAGCGCCGUUACAGCAAAACCGACUCGGUGGGUGUGUGUAUAUCGGUGCUAUGGAAGCUUCCCACGCCGCCGGCUGCGGAGGGCGAGAGGUGCUGGUCGCGCGUUGACGUAGCCUCUCCGCCGGCGACGACUGCCACCAUCGAGCCUUGUCUCACGCCCGAUGCAUCGCUGGUGCCGCUGCUCCGCGUGCUGCUUCUGGGGCUUCGCAACGCGGUCGAGGCCUUGGGCGGCCAUGUCGCCGAUACCUUCUCGCCGUCGGCUGUCACGCACGUCGUGUCGGUGGACGUGGGCGGUAUCCUCUCUGGUACUCUCGGCGACGCGUUCACAAGUGACGUGGUGGGUAAAAGGGAUGCCGUGGUCAGCAGCAGUGACGGUAGCAGACCUUUUCCGUACUGGCCGACGCAGAGCAUCGAGAGCGUUGCGAGCUGCGCCGCGCGCGACGAGGUGUCGUUGGUGGGCCUCGAGUGGUUGGCAGCGUGCGUCGAAUGGGGCGCUUUCGUGGAUGAAACAGGGUACGCGCCACCGGCCGACCUUCUCGCGCUCGUGCAGGUGGAGAAGCAGAAGGCUCUGCUUGCCUCCGCCCAGGCCGCUCGCACAGCGGUGCACCGACGAGCUGCACAGGCACAAAGGCCGCCGCCGCCGUGGCAAUCGCCGAGCCACUGUCGCCUGAGCGAACACCGGGACCAUGUAGCCGCGCCCUCUCCCGCCAAUCCGGCGCCGUCUGGUGCUCUGACGGCACACGCGACUCGCCGUGUGCCGCACCUUGAGCGGCAUCGCAAGCGGAUGCGAAUCCCGCCACGUGGCGCGUCGGAGUCAGGGGCGCCACACAUACCGCCGCAUCCUCGGCUGCUGGACUACGGCCCACCGCUCGACAGAGGCGGUGCAGAGAUGGAAGAGCCCAACGAGUGUCGCACACCGGUGUUGCAGCGCGUUUCCGGUGCGUCGACGACGUGGUGCGACAGCGGCGGAGAGCCGUGCACGCCUCCCGUCAGAGACGCACCAUCGCCACGUAACGUCGCGCAGCACCGUCAACAGUCUCCGCCGCCACAGCCUCUCUCCUCACCGGUGCUGCCUCCGCCUUGUCCGCAGACGCCGUCCGGCCCCCACUCCGCCUCGCAAUCCAUGACUCUUCGUGCUGGCAGCGCUGGCACUCCGUCUGCUGGCGACCAUGGCCACCCCCGUCAGCGUCUCCGUCGCUACUCAUCAUCUACUUCGCAGCACAAUACCCGCUCGCUGCUCGAGCAGCAGGACGCGGAAGCUUACGUGGAGCACCUCGGCAACCUCUUCAACUUCUUUUCCCCCGGAUCCACGCCGCUGCCGUCAUCGGCGCACCGCUGCCGCGACCGCUCAAUCGCCACGCACGCUGAUCCCGACGCCAGUACCCCGCAGCAGCUGCGCAGCCCGCUCCUGUCGCACACUCCCUCGCAGUCGCACCCACCAAAGGUCACCUUCACCCCUUGUGAACCGCACCCGCACUGCGAGCGCAUGCGUGAGCGCGGUACCUCCGGCGCUUCAUCUUCGUCGCAGUGCACGCAGGUGCUCACGCCAUCAAAGACGGGAACAACGCUGCAGAUGACGGCAGCGGAGACAACGGGUUCCGCGGUAGGUGCCAGCAAUGUCUUCUCAACGCCACGGCGUCGUACACUGCGUGGCGCUGCUGCUGCAACGGCUGCUUACACCUCAUCAGCAACCAAGAACUCAGCCCUUUCAAGCCUCGACAAGCAGCGUCGCUGUACAGAAGAAGUUGCCAUCGGCACGAAUAGCUCUGUGGCGGAUUUGCAGAGGUGGAGGCCACUGGCAGAAGCUGUCACUGGCCUCUGUGAUGUAGAAUCUGGUGCGCCGGAUGCAAGUGCGCCGCCUCCACAGCUGUCCACCCUACCGAACUUGCUAGGCGGAAGCACGGAGCUGAGUCGCGGCGGCACUGUCGAAGCAAAGGCCGAUGGUGUCAGCAGCGCCACGGCCAUCAGCUGUGAAGAAGCAGAUGCCAAGCAGCGACAGCCUCAAGGCGGUGGCUGCACGGGGAGUGCGCAUGACGCCCAAACGCUGGACGAGCUCGCCGAAGGGAUGAAGCCGAGAUCGAUUGGAAUGACCGCUGGGACUGCGCAGCAGCACCAAGUUCACAAACGUAGCCGAUCAGUUGGAGGGCAGCAGGACGCGAGCCACACGCGCGUCCAGGUGGCGCUGGGUGGGCCACAUCACAGUGGACCUGAAGCCUUCUCGUGGGUGCAUGAUGUUAUUCCUGACUCGCAACCGCAGCGACAGGAUAUCGCGGUGGUAGCGUGCGCAGACAAGGAGCUCAUGAGCGGCGAUGUGCUGGUGCCCACCACCUUUAUCGCGGCAACAGCCGAGGCGUACGGGUCGACUUCUGCCGCGACGGCAGAGACCGCGGCUGGCUCAGGCCAUGGCAACGACGCAGCUACCCCUCUGCUGGCCGGCGAUCGCGAAGAGGCGGAGCAUGAAGACGACGCCAAAGGCGUAUCUCCUGCACCAGACGCGAUUGACACAGCCCCUGGUCUACCCAUUCCCAGGCCACCCACGGCAACAGGGUCGACAUCAUCGUUGGAGCGCAAGGCUGUGCGCCCUCGUCUCGGAUCGUGUAGCGCGCCACGACGGCCCUCCUCGCCCCCGUAUCCGUCGCCGCCGUCGACAACGAUGGUGGCGGAUGUCUAUGGAGGAGCGAACAUCGUCGCAAACGCGGCCGAGGAGGAACAGCGAUGCACAGCGCAAUGUGCGCACACCGGCAGCAAUGCGCAGGGGCUUUCUCCGUGGUCACGGCACCGGCCACUGAGCCUGUCACGUCGUCCCUCGCCCUCACCUGCGCCGGCACCGUCGCCGUCGCGCACGGAGCCGACGACCCUUGGCGCCGGUACCGCGGCCGCUACUGUUCCCAGCACGACGGUGGCGACAUCGUGCACAUGGGAGUGCCUGCGCAUCUAUGUGUUGCAUGACUUGCCACACCGAGAAGCACGAGUGCGCCGAUGCGAGGAGGCUCUCGAAGCCCUGGCGCGUCGCCGCGACGGGGUGGAGCCGACACCGCAUAUCGGCGGAGGGCUGCGCACCGCAGAGCCGCACGUGAAACGGGGCGACAACUGCGGCAGCGUUGAUGUUGCCUCCGACCCCUCUCUACCUCUCACGGCCCCGCAGCCUGCACCACCUCUCCGCUUUGUGGCUCGCUGCGAGGACGCUGAUGUGCUGGUGACGCACCAAAUCAACCUCCGUGAAAGUGUCCUUGUGGCGGUGGCGGCCGGGUGCUGGGUGGUGCAGCCGGGGUUCCUGGAGUGUGUCGUCGCUGUCCUCGACGGUGCCUGCUGCUGGAGCGACAAGAACAGCACCACCAGUUUCAUGCGGAAUCCAUGGCCCACGCUGCAGCUGCAGCCGCAACGGCACCUGGCUCUAGCCACGGCUGUAGCGGCGCCGAUUACGGCGGCGAUGAAGGCGUCUGCACUCUGCGUGGCGCGCCUCCGCAAGGCCUUGCCUACAUACGAGUGGACUGCGGAGGUGCUGCCGCGUGUACGGGCGUCGGGGUACCCGCCGGAAAGCGACAGCAUGCUCCCGCUGCAGCGGGCGCUGGUGCAGCAGUGUCGCCGGCAACGGCAGAUGCGGGAGCAGGCAGCAGGCGGCAGCGUCGCAAGUGAGGACGCGGGACACCCGUUCGCCGGUAGCCGAUCACGUCAGCGCCUCUUCGAGGGCAACAGCUUUGUUCUCUUGUCUUCUUUUCCUGCAGUGAAUAUGUUUUCGGCACGCGGGACGCGAACGACCGAGGUGAGUGUGACGGAUGCAGAGAGCUGCGGCACAUCAUCGCGGGUGCGCGCCAUCGAGCGCAUCUUGGAGACCGGCGGCGGAUGCCUCUGCUGUAGUGUGCAGGUUGGCUCUGUAGCUGCAGACGAGGAGAAGACGGAUGGAAGCACCGACAUUGUCGCCGCAUCCACACACGUUCCGCCUGCCGCGCAACAGCCACUGCGGUGCUGCGUAUGUGUGCCAUCACUACACGGGCAGGGCCAUGAGCCGCUGCGGCGCGGCCUCGCCCACACUUCCGUCCCGGUGGUGAUGGACGCGGCGCUCUACCAUGACAUCCUGUGGCUCGCUUGCUACCAGGUGCACCGGGGGCUUUCGGAGACGCUGUACGUGUUGCUCGAUGGAAGCCUCCUCGGCACUAGUGCAGGCGACGAUCACGCCGGCACCGUCGUGUGCGUGUCACCGGCGCCACACACGGCUGUCACCGCUGAUGCUGCCGCUGCCGCGGGUCGCGCUGGCGAAGAGUCCGACAACGCACACCUGUCGGCCACGUCACCCGUCUCCGAGCACGACCGUAUUUCGAAGAAGCGGCGCACCGGGGAUGUGGAGGCGCACGAUAGUACCCGGCCAACCGCGGAACCGGUAUCGGAGGCGGCGACCGUCGCCGCCGGUGCGUUGGCGGUCCCCACCACCUGCACGGUGGCGGCGUGGAUCUCUAGCUGGCUGCUCGCCUCCCCGAACGACGGCAGUCUCUCAAAAGCGGGCAAUGAGCCACCGCCGUGUCGCCGUGGCUAUGCACCAGCUGCUGCACAAGCGAUGCGAGGUCAUCUUUGUGCUUGCUGCGCGGCGGUGUGCGCGGUUGACGAUGAUGUGCGUGUGUCAAGCAGCGCCCGCGUGUCAUACAACGUGGCGGAUGUUCCGUUUGCUGUGCCCUCGGUUCAAGAAGUGCACCAGGCUUGCAUCGAUGUAGGUGGUGGCGCGAAGGCCGGGUCACCGAUGUCUGCAAGCCGCGUAGCUGUCCGUCGCAUAGAGUUCCGAAGCACGGGUUGGGCCGGCGCUUGCGUCGCCGCGGGUGGUGCUGCUGUGAUGGCCGCUGCCACUGACGGUUGGAUGAGGGAGUGUGAGGCGCACACCCUCUGGGGAACUCUUUUCCUGGAGUAA